GCUUCCGGGGUGGUGUUGGUCACGUGUCCGGAUAUGGGAAGUGGUGGGGAAAUUGUCGCUUCCCGUUCACCUUUUAAUUGAGGGGCACAUCCUAGUGGCUGUGGCCACCGCGCCCCAUCGCGUCUCCGUCUUGGAGGAUCCUCCUCGGCACAGCCGGGCUAGGUCCGGCCUUGGGCCCAGACUGGGCUUGAACUCGGCAGUCCUGCUUCACCCUCUCAGAGUGCUAGGAAUGUAGACAUAUAGUCGUUUCUUUUAACCAAAGAGAAACAUUGGUAAACGUCGGCCGCUCUUCAUUUGACCAGUUUUUACUGCUCACCUCAGCUAAGAAAAGAUGACAGCAAUCAAGCAUGCAUUACAAAGAGAUAUUUUUACACCGAAUGAUGAACGCCUGCUGAGCAUUGUGAAUGUCUGCAAAGCGGGAAAAAAGAAAAAGAACUGUUUUUUGUGUGCCACAGUGACAACUGAACGCCCUGUGCAGGUGAAGGUGGUCAAAGUCAAGAAAUCUGAUAAAGGAGAUUUCUACAAAAGACAGAUUGCUUGGGCUCUUCGAGACCUUGCUGUUGUAGAUGCCAAAGAUGCUAUCAAAGAAAAUCCUGAAUUUGACUUACAUUUUGAAAAAAUAUAUAAAUGGGUUGCUAGUAGCACUGCUGAAAAGAAUGCAUUUAUCUCAUGCAUUUGGAAAUUGAAUCAGCGAUAUCUCCGGAAGAAAAUUGAUUUUGUCAAUGUUAGCUCACAGCUAUUGGAAGAACUGCCUAAAGUUACAGAAGAAUCUGUUCCAAGUGGAGAAAAUCAGAGUGUGACAGGCGGUGAUGAAGAAGCAGUAGAUGAAUACCAAGAGUUAAAUGCCAGAGAAGAGCAAGAUAUUGAAAUAAUGAUGGAAGGCUGUGAGUAUGCAAUCUCUAAUGCUGAGGCCUUUGCAGAAAAGCUAUCCCGAGAGCUGCAGGUGCUAGACGGGGCCAACAUCCAGUCAAUCAUGGCCUCUGAAAAACAGGUGAACAUCCUGAUGAAGCUGCUGGAUGAGGCCCUAAAGGAGGUGGAUCAGAUUGAGUUAAAACUGAGCAGUUAUGAGGAAAUGCUCCAAAGUGUGAAGGAACAGAUGGAUCAGAUCUCUGAAAGCAACCAUCUAAUCCAUCUCAGUAACACUAAUAAUGUGAAACUCCUGUCAGAGAUAGAGUUCCUUGUGAACCACAUGGACUUGGCCAAAGGCCAUAUAAAGGCCCUUCAGGAAGGAGAUCUUGCUUCUUCCCGAGGCAUUGAGGCCUGCACCAAUGCUGCUGAUGCCCUUCUGCAGUGCAUGAAUGUAGCUCUUCGACCAGGCCAUGACAUGCUUCUGGCAGUCAAGCAGCAGCAGCAGCGUUUUAGUGAUUUACGAGAACAUUUUGCCAGGAGACUGGCCAGUCACCUCAACAAUGUUUUUGUUCAACAGUUUACUCAGGCCCUUCUUCAACUCUAUAACAGGUCCUACUUUCUUUCGGUUCCUGGUCAUGAUCAGAGUUCAACUCUAGCUCAACACUCUGUUGAACUGACUUUACCCAAUCAUCAUCCAUUUCAUAGAGACUUGCUCCGAUAUGCCAAGUUGAUGGAGUGGCUGAAGAGUACAGAUUAUGGAAAAUAUGAGGGACUGACAAAGAAUUACAUGGAUUAUUUAUCUCGACUGUAUGAAAGAGAAAUCAAAGAUUUCUUUGAAGUUGCAAAGAUCAAGAUGACUGGUACAACUAAAGAAAGCAAGAAGUUUGCUACACUGCCUCGAAAAGAAAGUGCUGUCAAACAGGAAACAGAGAGUCUUCAUGGAAGUUCAGGAAAAUUAACUGGAUCUACUUCUAGUCUAAAUAAACUCAGUGUUCAGAGCUCAGGGAAUCGCCGAUCCCAGUCAUCUUCUCUGUUGGAUAUGGGGAACAUGUCUGCCUCUGAUCUUGAUGUUGCCGACAGAACCAAAUUUGACAAGAUCUUUGAGCAGGUGCUAAGUGAACUGGAGCCCCUAUGUCUGGCAGAACAGGACUUCAUAAGUAAAUUUUUCAAACUGCAGCAACAUCAGAGUAUCUCUGGAACUAUGACUGAAGCAGAGGACUUGGAUGGAGGAACAUUAUCACGGCAACAUAAUUCUGGCACACCACUACCUGUUUCAUCGGAGAGAGAUAUGAUUCGCCAAAUGAUGAUUAAAAUAUUCCGCUGCAUUGAGCCAGAACUGAACAACUUAAUUGCAUUAGGAGACAAAAUUGAUAGUUUUAAUUCCCUUUACAUGCUAGUCAAAAUGAGUCAUCAUGUAUGGACUGCACAGAAUGUGGACCCUGCUUCUUUUCUUAGUACUACAUUGGGAAAUGUUUUGGUGACUGUCAAAAGGAACUUUGACAAAUGCAUUAGUAACCAAAUAAGGCAAAUGGAAGAAGUAAAGAUCUCAAAGAAGAGUAAAGUAGGAAUUCUUCCAUUUGUUGCUGAAUUUGAAGAAUUUGCUGGACUUGCAGAAUCAAUCUUUAAAAAUGCUGAGCGUCGUGGAGAUCUGGAUAAAGCAUAUACCAAACUUAUCAGAGGAGUGUUUGUUAAUGUGGAGAAAGUAGCAAAUGAAAGCCAGAAGACCCCGAGAGAUGUGGUUAUGAUGGAAAACUUUCACCAUAUUUUUGCAACUCUUUCUCGUUUGAAAAUCUCAUGUCUAGAAGCUGAAAAAAAAGAAGCCAAACAAAAGUAUACUGAUCACCUUCAGUCUUACGUCAUUUACUCUUUAGGACAACCUCUUGAAAAGCUAAACCAUUUCUUUGAAGGCGUUGAAGCUCGUGUAGCACAGGGUAUAAGAGAGGAGGAAGUAAGCUACCAACUUGCAUUUAACAAACAAGAACUUCGAAAAGUUAUUAAAGAGUAUCCCGGAAAGGAAGUGAAAAAAGGUCUAGAUAACCUCUAUAAAAAGGUUGAUAAACAUUUAUGUGAAGAGGAGAACUUACUCCAGGUGGUGUGGCACUCCAUGCAAGAUGAAUUUAUACGCCAGUACAAGCACUUUGAAGGCUUGAUAGCUCGAUGUUACCCUGGAUCUGGUAUUACAAUGGAAUUCACGAUUCAGGAUAUUCUGGAUUAUUGCUCCAGCAUUGCACAGUCCCACUAAAGCUUUUGAAAGGAAAAAAAGAUAAAUAAAUAAAGCACUCUUGGUACACCAGACACUAUGAAAAAUAAGAGCUGCUUUGAGAACCCAGACUUUCACAUUUUUGUAUUAUUAAAUGUCGGAUAAAUAAGUAGUACUAUACUACAAAUAUUUAAGUGCAAAAAUACCAACCUGUGUGGUCAUUUUAUUUGCUCAAUAGGUUGUAUACUAACUUAAAGCAUUUAUCUCAUCAUAAAAUGCAUUAGCAUUUUUCAGUGACUGAACAAGAAAUUGUCCUUUGUUGGCUAGCUUCUUGCAUUUGAGAGUGUUGGUCCUACAUAUGUAAUACCUUGGGAAUUUUUCAGCAUUCACUGUAUCUCUAUUCCUUACAAAUCAUGGAACUACUAAGAUAUUACACAAAAUUUUUUCCCACUAACAAAUGUGUAAAUGGAUAAAGGAGCUCAUGAGAUAAUCACUUGUAAACUUAGAUUUUUGAGGAUUAUGUGACUCUAGUAAUAAAUCAAAUAAAAUUUUUAAAUAGA